AGGGGUGGGCCGGCUCCCUCGAGCCUGGGAGAAGGCUGUGUGUGGGGGUGGUGGCUCUGCCGAGAUGGAGGGAGGUGGUGGUCACACCAGGGACUGCAGGAGGUGACUGGUUUGCACUCAGGCAGGCGAGAAGGCAGAGCAGGGCUGGCGAUGCAGCUGAGCCUGCUGCUGCUGGUGCUGCCACUGCUGCUGCCGCCGGGCCCCCUGCCUGUUCCCGGCAUGGAGGACCCUGACUUCCCCCACCCGGGAGAGAGCUCACAGCCCCCACCCUGGGCUUGUCCCUGGCGCUGCUCUUGCCCCCAGGCUGACGUGGUGGACUGCGCUGGGCUGGACCUGCAUGUGUUUCCGGACAAUAUCACCAGGGAGGCCCGGUACCUCUCCCUGCAGAACAACCGGCUCCGGGAGCUCCCCUACAAUGAGCUGUCCCGACUCAGCGGCCUGCGCACCCUCAACCUCCACAACAACCUCAUCUCGUCUGAGGGCCUGCCCGACGAGGCCUUCGAGUCGCUGGGGCAGCUGCAGCACCUCUACGUGGCCCACAACCAGCUCUCCGCGGCCCCGCAGUUCCUGCCCCGCUCGCUCCGCGUAGCUGACCUGGCCGCCAACCAGGUGACGGAGAUCUUCCCGCUCACCUUCGGGGAGAAGCCGGCCCUCAGGACCCAGUGUGGCUGGGGGGCAGCGGGGCGUGGUGGCCGCAGCCUGGGUGCCCUCAGGUCCGUGUACCUCCACAACAACCAGCUGGGCAACGCCGGCCUCCCACCCGAUGCUUUCCGCGGCUCCGAGGCCAUAGCCACCCUCAGCCUGUCCAGCAACCGGUUCCGCUACCUGCCGCCUAGCCUGCCCACCUCACUGGAGCGGCUACACCUGCAGAACAACCUCAUUUCCAAGGUGCCCCGAGGGGCCCUGAGUCGCCAGACCCACCUCCGUGAGCUGUACCUUCAGCACAACCAGCUGACAGACAGUGGCCUGGAUGCCACCACCUUCAGCAAGCUGCGCAGCCUGGAGUACCUGGAUCUGUCGCACAACCAGCUGGCGACGGUGCCCACCGGCCUGCCCAAGGCCCUGAGCAUCCUGCACCUGGGCCGCAACCGCAUCCGGCAGGUGGAGGCAGCGCGGCUGCGUGGGGCCAGGGGCUUGCGCUACCUGCUGCUGCAGCACAACGAGCUGGGGGCCACGGGGCUGCCGGCCAAGGCGCUGCGCCCGCUGAGGGCUCUGCACACGCUGCACCUCUACGGGAACCGGCUGGAACGGGUGCCCCCCGGGCUGCCACGCAGCCUGGGGGCCCUGCUGAUGCCCCACAACCACGUGGCUGCGCUGGGUGCUCGAGACCUGGCCUCCGUGCCAGGCCUGGCCGAGCUCAACCUAGCCUACAACAGGCUGACCAGCGCCCGCCUGCACCACCGGGCUUUCCACCGCCUGCGCACCCUGCGCUGCCUCGACCUGGCUGGCAACCAGCUGACCCGGGUGCCCGCCGGCCUGCCUGGGAGCCUGCGCGCCCUGCGCCUUCAGCGUAACCAGCUGCGCGCCCUGGAGCCCGAGUCGCUGGCUGGGUUGGGUCAGCUGCAGGAGCUCAGCCUGGCCCACAACCAGCUGCGCAUCGGCGACAUCGGGCCCGGCACGUGGCACGAGCUGCAGGCCCUCCAGAUGCUGGACCUGGGCCACAACGAGCUGUCCUUCGUGCCCCCCGACCUGCCCGAGGCCCUGGAGGAGCUGCACCUGCAGGGCAACCGCAUCGGCCACGUGGGGCCGGAAGCCUUCCUCAGCACGCCGCACCUGCGCGCCGUCAUCCUCAGGGCUAACAGACUGCACAUGACCAGCAUCGCGGCCGAGGCCUUCCUGGGCCUCCCGCACUUGCGCGUGGUGGACACUGCCGACAACCCCGAGCAGGUCCUGGUCCGGCUGCCGCCCACCACCCCGCGCCGGCCCCGGGCUGGGGGCUCCUGAGUCAGCCCAACAGCCCCGAGCCCUGGGGUUCAGCAGGGCAUGGACUGAGGGGACAGUGCCCAGCUGGGGCCCUACGGCCACCACCACCCAGGGUGGGGCAGAAGGAGUCAAGAGACAAUAAAGCCACCCUUUCCCAGCGCUCACCUGGGACCAGCGCC